ACGCAUAAACGUUCGAAGAAGUGGAGGAAUAGGAAUAUAAAAACUUCGUUGAUUUUCUUCGUGUGUUAAACAACACGCAGUGUCAGAUGAACGCGAAAACCCGACGCGUGCGUGUUCUUCGUAACAUUGUAGAAAAGUACAAAUUAAACAACAUUACAUACGUUCGUGAUAAAUACAAUGUAAUAUUCAAUUUGUGAUAAAAAAAAAAAUUAAUACACCAAUCAAACGAUAGAUAAUAAUAGGAACAAUAAAUGGGUAUGACAAUGAAUAAUUAUUUAUGACACCAAAGAGAUCAAAUUUUUUCGUAAUAAUUUGUCAUCUAUGAAAGUAAGGUUCAAACUGAAAAACUUUUUAUCUUACAAUUAAUGCUAAAGUGGCACGUUAAUAUUGCUUUCUUUUUUUUUCUAUUGAGUAUACGAAAAAAACAAAAAAACAAAAAAACAGAAAACUGAUAAGAUUCACGGACAAGUCAACUCUAUUUAUGUUAAUGAGUAGAAAUAAUUGAAAAAAAAAAAAAAAAAAAAUAGACAUUAUCCAUGAUAAAACAAAUAAAACCAAUUAAAAAUGCAACAUGUGGAUCAAUGCCGCAAGAUAAUUUUAUUGCUGGUAAUUAUCAAUACUAUUAAUACGUUAAGUAUAUGUGAAUAUUAGUAAAGAAUUGUUCUAGAAAGAUAAAUUCACAAAAAAAAUAAAAAUAAAAGGAAAAAAAGCAUACAUAGUUCGAUUUGCAAAAAAAUAAAAGGAAAUAAAAAGGAAUGAAAAAGAGGUAUAAAAAAAAAAGUGGGGACAAAAAAAUGUUUACCAUAGAGUAGGAUAUUCAACAAAUGCAAACGAAAAACGGGAAAGUUUUCCCAAGACAAUAGUGAAAACGCAUUCCUAUAGAAAACAAGCAGCCAGAAACGACGCGUUUCGUUUUGUCCUUAUCGAUGCAUAGAAAUGCAAAAGUUUCCGGUGUUACUCGAUAAACGAUAGAAAGGGACAAAAUAAAAAGGGUAACAAAAUCGAAUGGGCAGACAAGAAGUGGAAAAAUAUUUUUCAAGGGGGGGUAGAAGAUAUCGAUGAACCGGAAACGUUCUAACACGCAAAAGAAGACAAGAUCGUUCGGUUGUGUCAAACGAAAAUAUAAAUUUAAAGAAAAAAAUGAAGAAGAUAAUUGUGACGACGAUGGAAACAUUGAACAGUAGCGUACUUUUCUUAUCAACUGUUGAAAAUUUGAAUAGUGAAAUGGCCGUUGAUCCAACAGAUAUGUUAAAUCAAAAUACGAGCGGUGUAUUAACGUCAAAUAAUUUCACAUUUUUCGAGCAUGCACCUAAACUUACUGACACGGGUUUUAUCAAGGUUAUUGUAUUAGCUUUUUUAUCGAUUGUAAGUCUAAUAGCAAACCUUGCUACGAUAUAUUCUGUAAUAAAAAAUCGUCGUAAACGACAAAGUUGGUCGGCCAUUUAUACAUUGAUACUUCACCUAUCCAUUGCCGAUCUUCUCGUAACAAUAUUUUGUAUCGGUGGUGAAGCAAUCUGGAGUUAUACCGUUCAAUGGAUAUGGGGUAACAUUUCUUGCAAGAUCUUCAAAUUUCUUCAAGUGUUUAGCCUUUAUCUCAGCACUUUCAUCCUCGUGUUGAUUGGUGUUGAUCGUUUCGUAGCUAUUCGAUAUCCAAUGAAAAGUUUAAACACAACACAUCGAUAUCUUAGAUUCGUCGCUAUUGCUUGGAUACUUUCUACCAUUUUGGCAUUACCACAGAUUGUCAUCUUUCACGUUGCACGUGGACCAUUUGUCGAGGAAUUCAUACAAUGCGUGACCCAUGGAUUUUAUACAGAACCAUGGCAGGAAAAGUUAUAUGUUAUGUUGAGCAUAUUUUUUAUGUUUCUUUUACCAUUAACCAUAUUGAUUACCACCUAUGUCUCAACUAUAAUUGCUUUAUCACGAAGUGAAGAUGCAUUCAAGUCUGAAUUAAUUAACAAUAAUUUACAACGUACGAACAGUGAUAUUAAUAGAAAAAAAUUAAUAAAUCGUGCAAAAACGAAAUCAUUACAAAUCAGCAUUCUCAUAGUCGCUGCAUUUAUCGUAUGGUGGACCCCAUACUACACGAUGAUGAUAAUCUUUAUUUUUCUCAAUCCCAACAAAAAUCUUACCAAGGAUCUCCUAAAUAUCAUAUUUUUCUUUGGUAUGACCAACAGUUUGGUGAAUCCAUUGAUAUAUGGUGCGUUUCAUCUUUGGCCAAAACGAAAAAAACGAAAUUUUUACUUCAGAGAUUUGUUCACGUUACGAGGACGAAAAAAUCGUACCAAUAGUAAUGAUUCUACGAGAGAACUUCAAGAAACACGGCCAUUAUUUGUUUCACGUGGUAUACGCAUACUAACAAAUACAUUCCAUUGAGAAGAGGAACAUACACACAUACAUAUAUAUAUUAUGUUAUUUUAAUAUUAUACUUUAAUAGGGGCACAAAUGUUACAAAA